AGCGAAUCUUUUGUCACGGAAAGACACUUCUUAUUACUGAAUUUUGUGAAGCAAUUCUGCGCCGGUUCCGCCGGUCAGAAAAGAUUUCAUACCUUUGGAUUGAUGCCAUCUGCAUUAAUCAGAACGUUGUGCAGGAACGAAACGACCAAGUCGCUAUGAUGGAAGAUAUCUAUAGGCUUGCUGAGGUAGUUGCUAUUUGGCUUGGCGCAGCAACAGAGUUCAUAGAAGAAGCCUUUGACUAUUAAGAGUCUAAGCGAAAAUCGAGAAAACCUCGAUGACGAUAGGGAGAAACUGGUCCUAUUAUCAAAGGAGAUACUGGAGCAGCCAUGGUUUACAAGAAUGUGGACAAUCCAAGAGGUGGCAAUGGCAUCGCCAAAGGUAGUGUAUUUGUGCCGUGGGGACAGAAUGAUGAGAUGGGAAACCUUCAUGCAAGCUAUGGCAAGCAGAAAACUUGACCCUGGAGUGAGUUAUCUAGCGAACAGCGCAGCCCAGAUCUUUAACCGCCUAAGUCCUCUCUUCGAGUCAGCGAGAGAAAGCUCUCGGCGCCCGGGCAUUGUCUCACCCCAAAUGUUGCUCAAUAGUUUCACCCCAUUGAGGGAAAUACUCAACAUCCUAGUCGAGGUUCGAGCGAAGCUUGCGACGGAUGUGCGAGACAAAGUCUUUGCAUUGCAUGGCAUUUUCAAGGCGUUCAACGCCCGCUUUCCUGCACCAGACUAUUCCAAGUCAGUUAGACAGGUAUUCUGUGAGACAGCUAAAGCAAUCAUUGAGCAAGAUGAAAGUCUACACAUAUUGUAUUAUGUCUCCUCACGACAACGCGUGCCGGACUUGCCGACAUGGGUUCCUGAUUGGGGAGAUACGGACGUCAUCGACGGCAAUCCGGUUUUCAGCUUUUGGGGCGCAACUCGCGACAGCGUGCAUCGUCCACACUUUGAUCAGACGGCAACAUAUUGAACACAACUGGCAAAGUCAUUAGCAAAAUAUCUACUCGUGCCAUAGCACUUUUAGUAGAGAAUAAAGGGGACAAUUGCAACAUUAAGGUUUUCCGAAAUUGGAUCCGGUACUGCUAAAGCAUUAGUAGAAUCUAUCCCAUUAAGGAAUCAAUUAAUAAAGUAUUUUAUAAAACUCU